GUGUUGGACGAUAUUGGACUCUGGCUGAUAAUGCACAACCGAUGGGGUCUGUGGAGGUAGAGAUGAGUGCCUAUGUGUUGCUGGCGCUGCUCUCUGGACCCUUGCUGCCUGGAUUUGGACUGAACUACGCUGCUGGCAUCGUGCACUGGCUAAGCAAGCAGCAGAAUGCGUAUGGAGGCUUCUCCUCUACACAGGAUACUGUCAUAGCACUCCAGGCCCUUGCUAAGUACAGUGCUGCCACCUACAAUGCAGAAGGAUUCAUUAGCGUAACCGUGACCUCCCCCUCAGGCCAGAGGUACCAGUUCACCGUGAACCGGAACAACCGGCUGCUUUACCAGGAGAAACAGCUGCAGGAAGCUACUGGCACAUACAAGCUCAGGGCAGAAGGCAAAGGCUGUGUGUUUGUGCAGACAAAAAAAGAUCAUUCAACAGCUCCUGGUAUAGAAGCAGAGACUGGCUGGAAUACUCUAUUCAUGCAGAUGCAUCAGGAUUCAGCAAGGUGCCCCGUGAACAAAAAUGGGCAGAGCCAUGCGAUGCAUUUCUGUCCCGUGAGACGUUUCAGAGAGCACACAGGACCCAUCAGAACAGCAGGCUCAAUGGCAUGGAACUCUAUAGUGAAACAAAGACUACAGCUCCAAGUCACAAACCAGAGAGGGGUCCCACCUCUUAAAACAUUUCCAGUACAUCAACAUGGAUCAUCUUCUCCAAACACUGGUGCAUAUAGCAACAGCAUGCUUCAGGGGAGGUCGCUUAGAGGCUCAAGAAACCUCUCAGAAAAAAAUGCCAGGAAAUCAUUCACAGCCAAAAAAGCUCUGCUCAUAGCAUGUGGAGUGCGAUGUGUCCUGUCACCACGACCCUCCAACUGCUCCACAUCAUCACCCCAUAAAGACGAGAACGACAGAGCUCAUUCCACCUCUGCAAGAGAACAGAAAUCCAGUAGAGACUGUGUUGAAACAAAGAGUGAACUGAAAGUAUGGGAUGCAUACACUGUGAUUAAAAGAACAGGGGAGGGAGAAAGAGCGAGGAGCAGUAUACACAGACAGAGAGUCCCGCUGGAUUCAAGCCACCGGCCUUCCACUGUCCCAUUGGAGAAUCAGACGGAACGCCGAGCACUAAGCGCACCAGAAACUCCCAUGUGUAAGAUUCUCUGGAGAAGAAAAGAUGACCAAAAUGUCCUUCAAGAUAGACCUCAACAUUUUACUGAAGAAGAGAAUCUCAGUCUAACCCCAUUACUACAUCUCUACCUGCCUUCAUCAUAUCAGCCGCAGGAGCAGAGAGAAGAUACAGCACCAGGACAGGAAAAUAGCAGCUCAGAGGUAUAUGAGAGGCAAGACGUCACAGAGGAACUCAGAGAGCAUGACAUCCCCAUGGAGAGCCAAAAACAAGACAUCACCGUCAAUAAAACAGCAGAUGAAGGACAAAAUGAUUCCACAGAUGGCAUGCGAUAUGAUAAUAUAGAUACCUGGGAGAAUGACACUCCUGAGGAAACUUUUGAGAAUGACAUGAUUGACGAAAAACGUCCACAAGACGUCACAGAUGACAACAGACAACACAAAAUCAUAGAAACUCAAUGUGACAUUGACAGAUCGUUUAAUAUUGUAGAGGACAAGCAAGAAUAUGACAUUACAGAGAAGACUGAAGGCGAAUAUAGGAGAACCAAAUCGAAUAGAAGUUCAUACAAAGCUUCUGAUGCCAAACUCAUAAUCAAAACACGUUACCCGGCCACAGCUACAGCGCUAACGUUCCCGUCUACCCUGAUGGACAGAAAUCCCUCUCCCACUCUCAGCGUCCUGCCAUCGUUUUAUGGACCUUCAUUUGGCUAUCGCAUCAGAACCACAUCUGAGCCCUGCCGAUCCAAAACAAGGGCCAGAAAAGCCUGUGAUGACAACAGAUCUACAGAGCCCAUGAAUGACAUGCGACAUACCAUAGAAAUAAAAGGAAAUCCCUGCUUAUUGAAAACAAGGGCUGGAGUGCCAAUCAGCCCCCACCCCAAAAUAAUGAGCCCUGAGAGGGGGUCCCAGCCUCGUAAAAUCAAAACCACCAAGACGUUUUUGUGGGGACCAGAGGGGCCCCUAGAGACUAAGACAGUGUGGGAGCUACACAGUCCUGUGAACAGGUGGAGAAGCCUGGAUUAA